AUAAAGGAUUAUUAUUAUUCUAUUAUUAAAAUAAUCAUCCUGCCUCGGAAAGAAAAGAAACUUUUGGCAACUUCGGUUUAAAGAGGGGGAAAAAAAAAAAAAAAAGAAAAAAAAAAAAGACAACUUUUCAUCAAUGGCCUCUUUUGGAUAUUUCCUGUUUCUCUGUGGGUUGAGUCAGGCUCUGUCAAGUUACCCAAUCUGGUGGUCCUUGGCGAUUGGUCACCAAUAUUCCUCUCUGGGGACUCAGCCCAUCCUCUGUGGGAGCAUCCCAGGACUGGUCCCCAAGCAGCUACGAUUCUGUCGGAACUAUGUGGAGAUCAUGCCCAGCGUAGCAGAAGGGGUGAAGAUUGGGAUCCAAGAGUGCCAACACCAAUUUCGGGGGAGGAGGUGGAACUGCACAACUGUCAAUGACAGCUUGGCCAUCUUCGGACCCGUGUUAGACAAAGCUACCAGGGAAUCCGCCUUCGUCCAUGCCAUUGCCUCUGCCGGAGUGGCUUUUGCAGUGACCAGGUCCUGCGCCGAGGGCUCAGCCACCAUCUGCGGCUGCGACACUCGUCACAAGGGCUCUCCAGGGGAAGGCUGGAAAUGGGGAGGCUGCAGCGAGGACGUGGAGUUUGGGAGCAUGGUGUCUAGGGAAUUCGCUGAUGCCCGAGAGAACAGACCGGAUGCUCGGUCAGCCAUGAACAGGCACAACAACGAAGCUGGAAGGACCUCUAUUAUUGAGCUCAUGCAUCUGAAGUGCAAAUGUCACGGCCUCUCAGGCAGCUGUGAAGUGAAGACCUGCUGGUGGUCUCAGCCUGACUUCAGGGUCAUUGGGGACUACCUGAAGGACAAAUAUGACAGCGCUUCAGAAAUGGUGGUGGAGAAACACCGGGAAUCCCGUGGUUGGGUCGAGACCCUCCGGCCCAAAUACAACUUCUUCAAGGCUCCGACUGAGAAGGACCUGGUUUACUAUGAGAACUCACCCAACUUUUGCGAGCCCAAUCCUGAGACGGGUUCCUUCGGGACUCGUGACAGGAUCUGUAACGUCACUUCCCAUGGGAUUGAUGGCUGUGACCUUUUGUGCUGCGGCCGCGGGCACAACACGAGGACUGAGAAACGGAAAGAGAAGUGCCACUGUAUCUUCCACUGGUGCUGCUACGUCCGCUGCCAGGAAUGCAUACGAGUCUACGAUGUCCACACGUGCAAAUAAAGUGCGCAAGCCCCUUUGACGGGCUCCAAGAGGAGAAACAGAUUCGAGCCUACUUCCUCUGAUGUUGCAGACAAGAGAGAAGUCUACUUUUUUUGAUAUUAAAAGAAUAAUAAUAAUAAUAAUAAAAAAAUUAAAGGCUAAAAACUGGUUGGAUAGAAUAGGUCUAAUGACUUCUGGGCUAUCCUGAGGUACAUCCGGCAGUCACACAAGUUAAGCCGCAAUGAUGCAUCCCGUAGGAGACAGCGGCUUUUUAGCUGUCUGACAACGCAGAGCUGGAAAGAAGAGCAUCAGCAAAAGCAUGGAUUGGUUCUGCUCUUGCCCACCUGAAGUGAUUUGUGUGAUUAAGUGUCCUUUGAAAGACUUGCAUCUUCCUAGAUAUCUCCUUCUCCCUCAGCCAGAGAAAGGCUGUGUUGGACGCCAGCACUAAGCUUUCUGAGAUCUAUCUACAUACCCAAAUGGCUAGACUCUGUGCAUAAGAGCAACAACGUCAGCAAAAGAAAUAAAAGCAGAUAAGUUAAUGAUGUUAAAAAAAAAAAAAAAAAAAAAAAAAAAAAAAAAAAAAAAAAAAAAAAAAAAAAGAAUGAAAUUCUCUUUUACUUUUACCUUGGAACCAGAGAAGUCUAGAAGUAUAUGAUAGAGCUGUAGAGUGGGCAGGCUCUUCACAUGAACUUUUUAGCAUAGCAGCUUCUGCCAAAUUUGACAUAGGAUGCAGUGGCACCUACAGAGAGGGAGGGAGGGAGAAGGCGAAGGAAAGGGAGAGAGAACUGCCUGUGGUUUCCUGCAAAUGCCUUGUUGGUGCACAGGUGAUGUGCAUGGUACAGAAGAGUUUAGUACCUGAUAUGUGAAGAGGACUUGGUGUGUGCAUUGAGAAGGAGAUGGUCCCGCAAUGGGACAUGUUGCUCCACCUGUGUCCCAGUACAAGGCUCAGCCAAUGAGUUUUCAUUGGGGACAUGGUGCAGGGCAAUUCUCCUUGGGAUGAACUUUUGCUGCUGGGAAGAGGACGUCUGGCUCCUCAGCAUCCUGGCUCGCUCCAGAAGAGGAGGGAAGGGAAAAUGUUUAUUUCUCCUGCACCAUCACCAAGAGUGGAAAGUACACUUAGUCCUUCCGCUCUCUGCGCUUCAUGCAGGCUUCCCCUUGGGCACUUAGCAAAACCCUUAGACCACAAAUGUGUCAGGAAUUUGACUCUGAAUGACAGUUUGUCACCUGUGCAUUUACAUGACAGUGACCCAACCUUCACCCCCAAAGCUGGAGCAGUUUCAGCCUCUAGCCAAAUUUGGUUCCUCACCUAUGUUCUGCAGCCAUUCCCAUCUCUAAGAGUGGUGCAGAUUAAGAUGUAUGGAAUCCACACUCCAAAUCAGCCCAUAGAUUGGGAAAGGUUGGACACAGAGCCACAUCCCUACUGUGCAGUGUUGCCCCAUCUCUGCUAUUUGCUUCCAACUCCCCUUCUAUACGUGUUACUCUACUUUUGAUUUCAUAUUGCCAGAUACAGAAAGAGCUCUCACUUCUGAUGUAAGCAUCAAGGUUUCCUUCAGUCAUGUGGGUACUGGGCCAAAUUCCCAGCCUGUUGCCUUGGUGUUUACAACAUCAGAGUUACUCCUGUUCAUUACUAGCAUAAACGAGUACUGAAUCAAA